GAGAGAGAGAGAGAGAGAGAGAGAGAGCUAUCUUUAAAAUCGCUCCAGCUUACACGUGCUUAUCGCUACAUUCCACGCACGAAGACUGGAUGUAAACAACAUUUGUAAAAUAAAAGAGAUCUAAAAUCAGGCACUACGUCACGCGGUGUCCAAUAUGCUGCUGGUGUGGGUGUUUAUGAUCGUGUCCGGGUUCGUUUGGCUGGCCGAGGGGUCAUGUUUCUACGUCCCACAACCUCCAAGAAAUGCGUACGGUUGCGUGGAUGAGAGAGGGGAAGUGAUUGGCAGAGGGAAGACUCGGUAUGACUUAGACAGCUGUUUCCGGUGUACCUGUAAACGUGGCUAUUUAGAUUGCUGUGGAAUUGGUUACAAUGCCGGAACAAUGCGGGUGGAGGGAUGCACUCUGAAGAAACUUCCGCGUUGUGAAUAUACGUUUGUGAGCAAUGUGGACGGAAUUUCAGAAUGCGCGAAUUGGACACAGAACUAAUGCAGAUUCCGAUAGACACUGACUCAUAAUGAAUAUUCAUUAUAAAACAAAGACAUGUUAAUCAGAUCUCCUGAAUGUUUGUCAAUAUGCGAUCUCAAUAAAGCAUCUUCACGACGUU